AUGUUUGAUGAAGCCAUAGGACCAAUUGGCCAGUAUUAUCAAUUGACCAAAACGGACAGCAAAAAGAUGCCGGAAAGUGGCUGGAAGUUUGCCUUCUAUCUGAGCACCUGGUCCUACAUGGCCUACAUUAUUAUGAUGAGGAAAGGCGCACAAUAUUUCUAUAGUCCAUCAAUCGUAUGGCAGAACUAUUCAAUAGAUAAUCCGGUGGAGACUGAAAUAUAUGUCAUAUAUAUGGUUCAGUUGAGCUUUUAUUGCCAUUCCCUAUACUCGACACUGUGUGUGGAUCAGUGGCGUAAGGAUACGCCGGCACUGAUGGUCCAUCACGUGUUGUGUGUACUCCUUAUAUCCAUAUCAUUGGCCACUAAGACUCAUAAAUCUGGUUUGUUUGCAAUGUUUUUGCACGACGGGUGCGAUAUAUUACUAGAGGGAACCAAACUGAGCCGGUAUUUUAAGAUACAGGGAGGUCGGGUCAUCAAAAACAUGGAUGCCGUCACCAAUGCCGGCUUUAUUUGCUUUAUAAUGGCUUGGAUCUAUUGUCGUCUAUAUUGUUAUCCAUUAAAACAAGUAUAUAUGGCAUCGGUAUACGUGACGGCCAAACAAAUUCAAGUGCCUUUCAUUCAGCCAAUUGUUUUGAUGCUUUGGUUACUACUCAUUAUGAAUAUCUAUUGGUUUACUUUUAUCUUAAAACUACUCUACAAAGUGGUCACCGGACAGAUCAAAGAAUUGGAUGACAAUCGAGAAUAUUCUGAAAACAAGAAUAUUUCCGACGAUUUAGAUUCAGCCGACAAAUUGGCCGCAAAUGGACGCUAUUAUCUGAGACAACGAAAAAUUGAUUACAAUUUAUUACAUACCGGAAGAUCGCAAUAA